CAGUACAUUCGCUUCAGUCGCUCUCUACAUUCGUUCAAUCGUUCUUUUUCAAUUCUCCCAAACAUCCAUUACUGCUCGGCCAGAAUGAAGUUUUCCACCCUAGCUCUCGCUGCCGUUGCCCAAGUGGCUUCCGCCCAUUACUUCUUCGACACCAACAUUGUUGGCGGCGUCCAGCAACCCGCCUUCAAGUACGUCAGACAGUCCAGUCGUGCUGUCAAGUACAACCCGAUCAAGUUCUCCUCGAACCCCGCGGCCGACAUCCGUGAUGGAUCGACCGUCGACGGACCCGAUAUCGUCUGCAACCAAGGUGCCUUCGCCUCCGCUGGCAAGACCGAAGUUCUGACUGUGAACGCGGGUGAGGAGGUUCGUCUCAAGUUGGCUGUCGGAGCCAAGUUCCAGCAUCCCGGUCCUGGUCUGGUCUACAUGUCCAAGGCUCCGGGAAGUGUCAAGUCGUACGAUGGAUCUGGAGACUGGUUCAAGAUCUACGAAGAGGGUGUCUGCGACGGUGGCGACUUCACCUCUACCGCUUGGUGCGACUAUGACAGGGACUGGAUUGCUGCGAAGAUCCCCAAGGACACUCCCAACGGAGAGUACCUUGUACGUAUGGAGCACAUCGGUGUUCACCGCUCUCACGUCAACCAACCCGAGCACUACGUCUCGUGCCUGCAGGUCAAGGUUCAGAGUGGCGGCAACGGUACCCCUGGUCCCAUGGUGAAGUUCCCCGGCGCAUACAAGGCUACCGACCCCUAUGCCAACUUCAGCAUCUACAACGGACGCAAGGCCUUCCCCAUGCCCGGACCCGCCGUUUGGGCUGGUGGAGCCAACGGAGGCGCCAGCAGCCCUCAGGCCACCACCGCAGCCAAGGAGGUCGCCACUGCACCUGCUAGCAAGCCCACAACUCUAGCCACUGUUCCAGUUGCUGCUAAGCCUACCGCUCAGGCUGGCUGCGCGGCCCUCUACGGACAAUGCGGUGGACAGGGCUUUUCUGGUGCUAAAUGUUGCGCUUCAGGUGCUUGCAAGGCAGUCAACCAGUGGUACUCGCAGUGCCUCAACUAGGCUUUUGAGCCGAACGUUUCGGAGGAGGGUUCGUUUAUAUUUUCCAUUCUUGAUGUCGUGAAUCGAAUCUGCGAGCCAGUACAGCAAAGUAGUUGAUUUCGGCAUUUUUGUCAUCGUAGAUAACACGUACAAAAUUCUAGUUGGGAGUGCAACGGAGUCUAGUUUAGAGCUUCUACCACAAUAGAUGAAC